GGUUGUAAGUGUUGAUCUGUUUCUUUCACAAAAUGGGUUCGAAAAAGAAGUGUUUUGAUGGUCCUAGAGAUAUAAUCAGCGGUUUACCAGACGCACUCAUUUGCCACAUCUUAUCAUUCCUUCCAACAAAAGAAGCUGCUUCAACUACUGUUCUUGCCAAAAGAUGGAAGCCUUUGCUUGCUUUUAUGCCAAACCUUGACUUUGAUGAAUCCUUCUAUUUCGAUCCUCUAAUGACUUGUGAAGAGAGGAGAAAGGGUUCUGAAAGUUUUAUGCUUUUCGUGGGUAGUGUAUUGACUUUGCAAGCGGAAGCGAAUGCUACGUUGAACAGAUUCUACGUUAAGUGUGAAGGUGUUGAUCAAAACUCGGUGCUUGAAUGGAUACCUAAAGUGUUGAAACGUGGUGUGUUAGAUAUUGAUCUACAUAUCCCGUCAUCUCGCGGUUUUGGUUCCAACUCGACUUUUUAUCCUCUGCCUUCAGAGAUCUUUGUGAGCAAGACAUUGGUUAGGCUGAAGAUACAGUUUCAGGAUGGUGUCAACGUUAAUGUGGAAUGUGAUGUUUCUCUUCCAAUGCUUAAGACUCUCCAUCUUGAUUAUGUUAAGAUGGAUACUAGAAUGUUUCAGAAACUUCUUUCUGGCUGUCACAUGCUCAAAGAAUUAUUGCUGAUGAAUUUGAUAUGGGAGGAGUCUUCAGAACCUGAACCUUGCUACGUAACCGUGUCUGUCCCAACUCUGAAGAUACUAAAAUUUUCUCGUUUUGAAAAUUUUGUGAAGGCUAAAGAUUUUAAACCGAUCGUGUUAUGGUCAUUUGAUAUUCCAAAUCUAGUCUACCUAGAGUACUUGGAUACAAUUGCGGACAAGUAUCAACAUGUGAGGUUUGACUCGCUUGUUGAAGCUCGUCUUGGUCUUUGUAAGACCUCUAAACAGAUUAAAAAUGACAAUAAUAAUGUAACAAAGCUUUUCAUGGGAAUAUGUAAUGUCAAGAUUCUCUACUUGACUGAAGAUGCUCUCAAGGUACUUGGUUGCUGCCGUGAAACAAUGCCGGUAUUCGAGAAUCUGAUUCAGUUAACUAUUAAGACUGGACUACAUGUAGGAUGGAAAUCAUUACCACCUCUACUCAAGAACUGUCCAAAUCUACAAACCCUUGUCUUCGAGGGACUGAAUCAUAUAUAUAGGAAAAGAAGAUCUUGCGGGGACGAGAAUAGGCCGUGCAUGUGCAAAAAUCUGGAUAAUAUGAGGGUGAAGAAGGAUAUUGAUGCUUGCCUAUCAUCAAGUUCGGUAAAGGUUAUAAAGAUAUUGAACUUUGGUGACACUGGUGAUUUUUGUCAGUUUUGGGAGAUUGAAGAAGAUUGUGAGUUUUGGGAAAUUGUUGAAGAUGUAGCGGAUCACAUAAAGCAGGUCAAGCAAUUCCUAGAGACAAUGCCGGAUCUUGAACAAGUGACAUUGUACUACAAUACACCACAGGAUGAAGAUGUGAUGAAAGUGUUCAAGAAACUUAAGAAGCUUCGUAGAGUAGCUUCAGCCAAGUGUGAGGUCCAAAUAAUCUCUGAUAACCUCAACUUAUCAUUUACUUUCCGUUAGAAGAUCUUUUCCGGUUUCUCAGCCAUGGACAUGUUUCAGGCAAUCCAGCUGCUACAAGUUUGCUAUAAAAACUCUGUUUCUUCCUUUUGUUAUUUCCUUUUUCUUCUUUUUAUUGGCUUUUGUCUU